UCUGUAUUCAACCGAAUUGUUUUAUACCAGACUUUUGUUUUUCCCAAUCGCUUUUUCCUUUCCGUGCACUUUUUUCAUUAGGUGAAUCAUCCGGCGAUGAGCAGCGCUUCCGAACGACAAUACAAAGCUAUUAAAUAAACAUCGACAGCACGUCUUGUACCUGCUUGACGGAAUUUCGUAAAAUUUUCUGGUUAUUCUUUCCUGCGGUAAUCGAUUUCUAUGCAUUGUCAACAUGGCCAACUAUAAGCAAUGGAUAUAUUCCGUGAAUUGUUCAUUAAUAGUGGUGGAAAUUAUUCUUAUCGGGUACAUCAUCAAAACAUUCUCAGAGGAUUGGUGGCAUCUCAUUCCUACAGGAUAUACUCAUCCACUAUUUAUAUUUUACUUUAUACUUAUUGGGAUUCAGUUUUUCACAUGUGUAUGUGGAUUAGUAGGAGUGCUCAUAUCAAAUAGCUGCUUACUUUCUGCCUACUGGUUAUUUAUGGUACCGCUGCUGAUCACGGAUGGUGUAAUGAUCAUACCAUUCGUGGAACAUUUUAGUGGGAUUCAUCGAAGUAUUGCUGAUCAUAUUCAUAACAUCACAACCGAGCAGGUCAAGCAAGGAACUGCUCCGUGUCAUGUAUGGAAUGAAAUUCAAACUGCUCACAACUGCUGCUCACCCCGCAAUAUACACGGGUUUUGUCACCUUGAAGAAGGCUGGAAUAGGCCAAAGCAGUGCGCAUCUGGUGGUGAGAGCUGUGUAUUUCCAAUUCUCAGAAUGAUGCACAAAAAUACGGAUAUCAUCGGAAUGAUUAUUUAUUACGUCCUCGUACCGCUCAAAUUUGUUGUAGUAUUCGUACUAAGAAAAGAUGUCAGAAGUGUUUUCUCACAGAUUUUGUAUAAAAAGCAACCUGUCGCAACCACCGAGUGGGACUGGACAACAACCAACGAAGACGACGUCGAAAUGCUAGAAGAUGUUUACUCAAAUUAUUCUACAAAGCGGUCUAUUGGUCCCGAGCUUGCCGCCAUCAUAGCACAUCGAGAAAUGGUAUUAAACAGUGAAAAUACUGUUGUUAAUGGAUAAAAGAAAUAUUAGGUCGUCCCGAAAGUAUUUUCGCUUUUUUCAAACAAUCGCCACGGUCCGCAGAACAAACAUCUUUAAAAGAUCUUGGAAGCAUUUGAUGC